AUUCGGCUGUCGGCAUCAAAUUCACUCAGUUCAGCAGUACGCUGGUGUUUGUGUGGAAGUGAGGUGUCCUCUACGCUUACUCUGAUUAACUCUGUUGCCUUACCCCUCUUUGGACGAAAAAUGUGAUUAUAUUGGACAAUUACGCUUCAAAUACUUUGAGCGCCAUGCCUCCAAUAACGGUUCCAGUGUCGCCUCGAGUGUUUAAGGCCAUCGAGAAGUCCGACAUCCACACCUUAGCCUUCUGCAGGGAGGAAGAGAUCCGUCCGAUCCUGCCAUGUCUCGUCCGGAUGAGUCUGAUCGCGCCCUUGGAUCACUCCGAGGAAUGCAUCGCCGGACGGAAGGUUAUACUGAGAAUACUGUCUGGGAUAGAAGUGGUCAACUCCCUAGUGGCUCUUCUUUCUAUCGACUUCCCGGCACUUGAAGUGGAUGUCAAAAAAGAGCAGCAACUGAGGCAGAAACUUGGUGGAAGCAGUCAGAGUGAGAGUGUCCUUGUGCAAAAUUUAACAGAUGGACUGGCUUUGGAGUUUGAGUGCUCAGAUCCUACUCGCAGGUUGCGACUCUUGUUAUCGGAGUUACUGCUUGUGAUGGCUCAGAUACGUGAACCACGCCAGGAUUUUUAUCACAAGUCCUCAGAAUUGUUUGACAAUCCCUGUUAUUUGGAAGAAGUGAGCGAUGUGCUGUGUAUUGCAUUAGCCGAACUUCCGGCUUUGCUACAGCCGGCAGAAGUAGCAGAGGCGCUCCUUCAUGUUACUAAUGGCCCCACACUUAUUGCUCGUAUGGUAGCUAACCAGCCCGACUGUUUUAGAGAAGUUGUGACAGGAUUAGUAAUGGCUGGUGACAAGCAAGAUGAGGAUAGUCCAAGUGGUUUGUUACGUCUCCAAGCUGUUAGAACUUUAUGUCAGAUGAACCCAAGCCAAGCACUUAAUGUUAGAGCUCUUUGUGUGGAGCAGUGUCGUAUGCCAGGUCUGGCAGUGUACUUGACUUUGGAUGCUGGAGUAAGCAAUGUUUGUUCUUCAGGGAGUGUGGGGGGAAUUGGAACAGUUUAUGGAGGAGAGAGUGGAGAUGUAGUAAGUUUUAUUACAGGCCUUCUCCUUUCCCAUAAUCAUCAGCAACGCACAUGGUUUGCGCAGUUUGUCAAGAGUGGACAGAGGUGCAGCUCACAUGUCACCUAUAAGAGGGCACUAUAUGCUAUUGGCUUGACUACAGUGCAAGCUCACAUGUCACAUAUAAGAGGGCGCUAUCAAGAACCAUGCCCUCACCUGUUCAAUUAUGUCCCAUCCAGUGACAGCAUUAUCAAUCCACCACCAUCAUCAGCAAUGCCCCAGACCCAAGAAGACUACGCUUGCUGGAAGCCAUUCUCAUCCUUGACAAGAAGCCUACUAGUGUACGGAGAAGUCUAA